AACAGUGUGGGAAGCUGUGUUUGGUGCAGACGUCUUCCUGGUCACUAUUUUCAGUUUAUUAUGGUCAAUCCUGUACGUGAUUGCAGUUUACAGUCACUUUUCAUUUAUCCUAUCGCCUUUUAUAGGGAACCUAAUCCUGGUACAAAUGCCAUGUACAGAUAUGUAGCUUUAUAAAGCUACUUGUAUUAAAAUAUUUCAAACUGACCAAUAAUCUGUUGCGUGUGACACUCCAUUUGCCUUUUGCAGGAGCGGGUCACGUACAUAAUAUUGCUACAGUGGAUCAGUUCAACAAAUAACUAUGCGUCAUGCACAGGAAAUAUGUGCUGGGAAAGCAGCCUCUCCAGAUGAUCAGAAAUUCUCUGCUGGAACUAUGCAGUGCAGGAAGAGUGUAUCAAAUAAAAGUCACUUUAGAACUAUUGCUCCAAAACUUGUACCCAAGGUUGUUUCCUCGUGCUCAGCAUCAUGUUACCCACCAUCUCUGCCUGACGUUGCGGUUUCUGGCAUAAACACCAAGCCCUUGAUAAUGCCGACCCAAAACUAUGCAUUAAUGAAAGUAGCCGGCCAUGAAGGAACAUUUUCCCUUGUGACAUUAUCGCAAGUUAACCCACCAGUGGUCACUCCAGUGAACCAAUCCUCAAGCAAACCCCUUCAGGAAAAUACCAAAUUACCAAUUCCAAGGUACCAGUCAACAAAAAACAAGCGGCUAUUUGACAAAACAGCAAAGUUGAAUUCUUUAAAUGUCACCCACAAAAUAAAAUCAGAAAAGCCCGUCACACACACAACCUCCGACAGUCAAUCUGAAAACAUUCCAAAAUUAGAUUCUACUGAAAAAGUAAAUCUGUCCUGCCACAGUCGCGUGAAAUCUGCAGAUGAGGCUAUAGUUGUAAAAACUGCUGCCUCCCCAGGGUCAUGUGCGGGAAAUGGAGUUGAAAAUAUUAAAGUAAAAAGUCCAGUUUUACAGUACGUUGAGGAUGGUCAACACAAAGCAUUAUGUGCCAGAGGCAGUCCUGCAAAACCCAAUGAGGAAGCAGAGAAAAGCAAUUGCUCAGCAGAGAGUAGGGCACAGAGGGAAAACACAAAAGGGGUAGAUUCAUCUAACUCCUUAACAGUAGUAUUUGGUAGUCCUGGUCAUCUAAUCCCAUCCUUACCAAAAGGAAAGCUGUCUAUUUCACCUUAUUCAAAAAUAAGGAAAUCUGUUAUUUCUGAAAGUGAACAGUCUUUGAGUGUUGCACCCGUUAAAGCAAAUUCCAGUGAUAUUCCUACAGUAGGAAGUGGACAGGUAUGUGUACUUGACAACCCACAACGUUCUGAGGUAAAACCAGACUCUAACAAUAUAGAUAAACAUAACAGUUUGUUAGCCAAAAGAAGAGGUAGAAAAAGAAAAAAUCCCAAUGAAAGUGCAGCUUUACGAGCUAAAAUGAAAGUUGUUGGAAACAAAUUGUUAAUGUGUAAAGAUAAGGUAAAAAUGCAAGUUUUAAACACUGAUAAAAAAAUAGUGUCUAUAAAAAAAUACAGAAGCAUUAUGCCAAAGCCUUUUAUGAACUUGCAAGGCUUAGCCUCUAUUGCCUCAGGAAUGCCUAUAGUACAAACUCAGACUACAGAAAGUGCAUGUAGAAAGCUGCAAAUGAGACCUAAUCGCUGGAAGCCGUUUGAGGGUAUGUCUGUGAAACAAAGUGUUGAUAACAAAUGUAUGUCUUCAGUGAUAAAGCCAUUCCAUAAAUGUCAUAUAUGUGAUCACAAAUUCCAGUUUAAACAUCACCUGCAAGAUCAUUUGAACUCCCAUACCAACCGAAGACCUUAUCACUGCCGGCUGUGCCGUAAAGCAUAUGUGCACUCGGGAAGUCUCAGCACACACAUGAAGCUUCACCACAGCGAGAGCCGGCUGAAGAAACUUAUGUGCUGUGAGUUCUGUGCUAAGGUGUUUGGGCAUAUUAGAGUUUACUUUGGCCAUCUCAAAGAAGUGCAUAGGGUUAUAAUCAGCACAGAAACUACCACUAUUCAGGUGGAGAAACAAGACACGACGACUAAGAUAAAAGAAGAGAAAACCUCAAUAGGAAGGAGGGAAAACAACUCAAACAAUGAAGACAACUCAAUUUAUGAACAAAUGGAUGAAAUCAAGUUACAGAUCAAAUGUGGGCGCUGUCAGGCUAUAACUCCUACCUUUUCAGAUAUGAAGCUCCAUUUGUUUUGUGAACAUGGUGAAGAGUUUCAAGAUCGACUGCAAGAAGGAAUUUUAGAAAUCCGUCGGGGCACACAGGAGGAAGUGGUUAAACAUGCAACCCAUUACUGGAAAUUGCUCAGCGAGAGACAGAACAUUACGUGUAGCAGCUGUGAUGAAAAGUUCCUUGGGUCUUCCAAACUAAGAAAGCACACGUGCACUGCACAUCAGGAUCACAAUAAAUUACAAGGAAGUGACUUUACACAGACUGAGUUUGUAGGGGAAGACACCAAACAAAAGGAUAACCUUUCUGUAACCAACCCUGAAGUCCAGCUUUGUUGCGGCAGUCACUUGAACUGCAUCUUAUGUAAGCAAGAAUUUAAAUUGAAGGAAGAAUUAUUAUCACACUGGUGCCAUUUUCACAACUGUGAGAAUCCUUCUUUGCUUUGGACAGUUUUCAACUCAUUUGUAAAGAAUGAUAAAAGCUAUUGAAUAUCCUAAAACA